UUCACUAAACAAACUGUGUAGUUUUGGCCAGCAAAAACAGGGGUCUUUGCGGUGAAGCUGAUGUUUGAUUCCAUUGCAAUAAGGUUUAAGGCUGGGCAAGAAUCCUUCAGAUCAAUCACUAGAUCUUACUACAGAGGGGUAGCUGGGGCUCUUCUGGUCUACGACAUAACUAGGAGAGAGACAUUCAACCAUCUAGCAAGCUGGUUGGAGGAUGCUCAGCAACAUGCAAAUCCAAACAUGACAAUCGUGCUUGUAGGGAACAAGUGUGAUCUUGCUCACAGGAGGGCUGUCAGCAAAGAAGAAGGCGAACAGUUUGCAAAGGAGAAUGGGCUCUUAUUCUUGGAGGCAUCUGCCAAAACAGCACAAAAUGUUGAGGAGGCCUUCAUAAAGACUACUGCAAAGAUCCUCCAGAAUAUUCAGGAAGGUGUUUUUGAUGUAUCGAAUGAGGUACUCAUCAACUCAGUUUGUUGUGGAGGCAUUUUGUUAUGACUUACCUUAGAUUGGAUAUUAUAUUGAGUUCUUGUUGUUUUCGUGCUUGAUUGCUAUUCUGGUGUCAAGAUAACUUCAUAGUUGUCAUAAAAAGGUUUAUGCAUG